AAAUAGAACCCUAACUUUUGGAUCGAAGCGUGAGGGGAGGGGAGGGGAGGGAAGGAGCACAGGGGAUAAUAUUCCCUUCCCGCUUCUCUCUGUCUUCUGUCAUAUAUUUUUCUUCAUCGAGUUUUUGGUUGUUCGCCUCGUCUUAAUCUCCGUUUCUCAUUCUUAUCGCUGAUUGUUGUUGUUGCGUCGAACCCCAUCUUCCUUCAUAUCGUUGUUUGUUCUCCUCGCCGCCCUCAAGGAAUUUUCAGCCAUAUUUAAUCUCUGCGCGAAACCCUUCGUUUGCGAUCUUCACCCGGGAAAUUUGCUGUCCUCUGAAUUUUUGGUGAAAUGUGGAUGCUGGUGGUGAUUGGUGUGAGACUAUAGGUACGGGUAAGGCCCUAAAAUGAUGGGAAGAAAGGGAUUACCAUUGUUCGAGAACAAGAAGGAUGGACUUCCGUCUAUUCCUGAUUUAGGGCUUUCAUGGAACUUUCAACUGGACUUCUAUCCUCCUGGGGGCUUGUUUGCUAGUGUGGGGCAGAUGGGAGUUGGGUUUGGAAUUUCACCUACCUCUCCAAAUCCUAGAGACAACAGUGUGGCGGAAUCAACGGAUCUGUAUGUGAAGUAUGUCUCCUCAGAGUUCCUGCGUCGGGUUCCGUCGGAGACUGUGGUAGCGGCUGCUGGGGUGAUGGAGGAAGAUUGCAUUAAGAAAGCUGAGAAGAGGCUUAAAGGAAAGUUGAAGAUUAGGAUUGGGAAUCCGUCGUUUAGGAGGUUGUUCAGCGGUGCUUUUGCUGGGGCUGUUUCAAGAACAGCAGUUGCUCCGCUGGAGACAAUUAGAACACAUCUUAUGGUUGGUUGCAGUGGGAAUUCAACAACUGAGGUUUUCCAGAAUAUUUUGCAGAACGAUGGGUGGAAGGGAUUGUUUCGUGGCAAUCUUGUUAAUGUCAUUCGAGUUGCUCCUAGUAAAGCUAUUGAGUUAUUCGCCUAUGAUACAGUAAAAAAGGCUCUAACACCCAACUCCGGGGAGCCACCCAAGACUCCCAUCCCAGUCUCCCUCAUCGCAGGAGCAUGCGCUGGAGUCAGUUCCACCCUCCUCACGUAUCCUCUUGAACUACUAAAGACCAGGCUUACCAUAGAGAGAGAUGCAUAUGACAAUCUCUUCCACGCCUUUGUUAAAAUCUUGCGUGAAGAAGGGCCGACGGAGCUCUAUCGCGGCCUCACUCCGAGUCUGAUCGGUGUGGUUCCAUACGCCGCCACCAAUUAUUUUGCCUACGAGUCGUUGAAGCAGGCUUACAGGAAAACCUUUGAUAGGGAGGAUAUUGGCAAUAUCCCAACUCUUCUAAUUGGGUCUGCGGCUGGUGCUAUUUCUAGCACUGCUACUUUCCCUUUAGAGGUUGCGCGUAAGCACAUGCAGGUGGGAGCAGUGAAUGGAAGGGAAGUCUACAGGAACGUGCUCCACGCCAUUCUUAGCAUACUGGAGAAGGAAGGAAUUGGGGGUCUUUAUAAAGGCUUGGGGCCUAGUUGCAUGAAGCUGGUUCCGGCUGCAGGCAUCUCUUUUAUGUGCUAUGAGGCGUGCAAGAAGAUUUUGAUUGACAAGGGAGAUGAUUGAGGUACGACAGAGUUUUAAAUUUUUUUAACUGACCUUUUUU